AAUGAGCUCGCAAAAAUUUACCGGCGUUUGGCUAUGCAGUAUCAUCCGGACAGAGUGCAAGAUAAGAAAGUUGACUUUUUUCAGGAAAAAAAGGCUUAUGCUGAAGAAUUGUUCCGUAAAGUUGCUACUGCAUAUGAAGUGUUAAAAGACGAUGAAACUCGAAAUGAUUACAAUUAUUAUUUGGAUCAUCCCGAAGAACGAAUGUAUAAUUACUACCAAUAUUAUAGGAGAAGAGUUUCACCUAAAGUUGACGUCCGCAUCGUUAUUGUUGCCACCAUUGUCAUUAUUUCAAUAAUUCAGUUUCUGAGUGCUCGGCACAAAUAUCAAGAAGCAUUGGAAUACGCCGUUAAGCAAGAAAAGUACAGGAAUCGUGCUCGAGAAAUCGCUUAUGAAAGAGGAAUAGUCUUAAAUGACCGAACUAUAAAAGAUAAAAAGUGGAGAAAGGAAAAUGAGGAGCAAAUAAUUCGAAAAAUUAUUGAGGAAAAUAUGGAUAUAAGAGGAGGAUAUUCGAAACCUUCAGUUUUUGACACACUUUUUUGGACCAUUCUGGUAUCUCCUAUCACGUUUUGCAAGUAUAUAAUUUGGAAUUGUGAAUGGAUUAUUAAAUAUUGGAUAAAGAAAGAGGAUUACGAUAUAGAAGCGAAAUUCUAUCUCAUUCGAAAGUAUAUGGGAAUUUCAGAAGAGCAAUUUAACUGUUUGGAGGAUGAAGAAAGAUUAUGCUUUCUUGAUGCAGAAUUAUGGGUAAAAGCCAAAUUCGACGAAUGGAAAAUGGUUAAAGAAGAAGAACAGAAACAAAAACUCGCUGCCUCUGGUCGUUACAAACGUUAUAGAAGGUAUAUGAGGAAUCAAGCUGGUAGUACCAUUAGUUUUGUUGAUGAAUAA